GGCUCGGCUCCAUAACCAAAAGCUGCUGCUGGAUUUUCAAAGAGCACAAGACACACUGGAUGACAUGGUGGCCCGUACCGAAGCCAUGAACACUAUACGGGUUCAGUAUGAAAGGUAUCUGAAAGAGAACUUCCCACGAUGGCAACAAAAGCUUAAAGACAUGAAUGUUUCUGAACAUUCCAAGAUUGAGGAAGACCAAGAUAUAAAGGCUGACAUUACAUCCCACCCUGUCAACUCCAAAUCUCCAUACCAAUCUCAGUUUCCUAGUCACACUUUGCUAAACACUCACCGGAUAGGUAAAGAAAUCAGGCAAAAUGCUGCAAAAUGCAAACAAGACCAUCUAUACCUUUCUGCCACGUGGUUAACUGACCCACAGCCUUUAAUUUCAGAACUCCAGCAAAACAAUAUCCCAAAAGAUCACAAAAACCUUCAUAACAUUAAAGCACUGAAUCAUCAUUUCACCUUUAGGUCUCCAAGUGAUUCACACCAUCAGUCGCACUCUCCAGUCCAGCAGAAGCCACCGUCCAUAGAUCAUUCAUGGCAAAACCCAUGGGUUGGUGUAAGGCAAGGGCUUACAGGUCACUUCACUCCUGCUGGUGCUUCCUGGCCACGACUUCCUGUGAUAAACCCAGUGCCAUGGGGAAUGAUGGAUGUGCCCGAUUCAGGUGGGGAAAAAAUCCAGUGCAGUGAAACAGACCAGGAAAAUCCAACAAAAGAAAUGUUGAACCCACCAAAGGACAGCAAGCAGAGACUAAAACACAAGAGGAGGGGAGGAGAGUGUGAUCAGCCUUCUGAGCUGGACUGUAGACCAGUACAUCUGUUAAAAGACCACAAAGCCAGUGAAGACAGCUCUGUGUCAUUUGAAGCUGACAAAGUCUCGGGAUGUGGGAUAAAGCACAGGAGAAAGAAAAGAAGAGAUGGGACACAAUCACACCUUGCAGCAAAUGAGCAGGAAUCACAGUGUUCUUCCACUUUGUCACAAGAUGCCCUCCUGUCAGCUCCGGGUGGCCAUACUGACCCAAAAAGAAGUGUAAACCAUCUGAAACCAUCUGCAGGAGCUAAGAUGGAUACCAGCAAAGAAUCCAUUAAUACAGGGACCGAUGUUGAUAGAGUGAUACAAGAUGAAGAAGAAAAGAACGAAAGUAGUAGCCAAGAAAAACCUGUAAGUCAUCCAAGCUCAGACGAAACAGAUGGAACUGAAGUACUCAACCAGAAACACAGCACAGAGGAAGAAGAUACUGAUGAAUGUGAUAAUGAUGAUCUCAUCCUAGAAGAGAAAAUUAGUGCAGAUGAAAGUGAGGAAGAGGAAGGCAGUGAAGAUGAGGAGGAACCAGGAUUGGAUGAAGCACAAGGAAGUGAAGAAGAGGGGAGUGAGAGAGUAGUAAGGAGCAGAGAGGAUCUCAGUGAUGAAGAAGAGAGAGAGAAAGAAGGAGAUAUUUCAAGCAACAUACCAGAUUCAGACAGUGAAGAGGGAGGAGAGAAAACUCAGGAAGAAAUUGAAGAGAACAGUUCACAAGAUCAGAAUGAAAGUGAAGAAGAAGAGAGUGACAAAAUUGUUCAUGUUCAGAUUCAUAACAGCAGUCUUAAGGAGUUGCAGGCAACUGAUGAGACUGAAGAGGAAGAGGUUUACAAUCAAGAAAUUGAAGAUGACGAUGAUGAAGAUGAUGAGACUAAGCAAGCAUAUCUCUGGUCAAAAUACCCCUUAAAUAAUCAAACAAAAUAUCAUGAUGAUGAUGAUGAUGAUGAUGAAGAUAUUGAAAAUGUUCUUAAGCCACAAGUCAACUCCCAAAUACACCGGGAGGAUGAUGUUGAGGAGACCAAGCAAACAAAUGGACCAAAUGACAGUGUAUGUUUCUGCACAGAUUUACUAUCUGAUUCAAGUGAGGAAGAUACACCAAAGAAGACUAAAAAUGAGCCGGCGGAUUCAGACGAUGAGUUUGAUCACUUCUACGAUUAAACCAGAAACUAGAACAUAAAUGGGGAACAAAGUAACACAACCUUGAAUGAAUGCAGCAGACAGAAGCCGCAAUCGUUCUGCGCUUUUAGAAAAUGGGUAAGGUGCACACCCUAAACAACAGCCGCAAAGAGACGAGAGAGGCACAAGGCUGAGCAAUGAAUAGAGGAAUCAGAUUACAAAGGGAUGAAAGAGGAAGAAAGGGAUAAAUAGAUGCUGGGUGUCCCUCGUCUGUUUUUUUGUGUUAUUUGCUGGUAGCUUAUCUGACUGUCCUGAAAGAAUCGUACCACUGUCACUGUGCAAACACAGGUGGAUUGCCUCGCCUGAUGGACGCAGAGAUGAAGAGAGAAUAAUAGAGGAGAUUAAUAGAAAAGUGCGGAGGAUGGCAUUAAAUGAAUGGCUUCAUAUGAAUAGCACGUUAUGUAUAGCUGAAAUAGUGUCAGUUUAAUUUAAUUAAAAAAUUAUAUUUUAAAGUUCGCCUUGAAUUCAGCGGCAUUCAUUUAAAUGUAGCAUGAGUUUGAAUGCUUUCUCAUUCAGAUAGGGAGCGUGGCCUAAAGGGAGGGGGGUGACUGGGGGUUCAGGCAAAGAUGGGAAGCCAAGGGAAGGAGUACAGGCCUGUCACUGCCUCUGAGUGAUGGCUAUUUGAACAGGCAUAUUUACCCGAACCCUUGUGAAAGGAGAUGGAGGGAGAGCAGCGGAGCCGUGCAGGCACAGACAGGCAAUAAAAAGCUGGCUACUGUGUAAACAACAUGGCCCGGUCUGUUCGGCCGCUGCCAUGCCAACACGGCAACCUCCACUCUCUAACCAAUCACACGCAGACUUUUUGACAAGUGGAACAAAACCCCCAUCAGAUGUGGCAGGUGGAUGAAAAAAAACUAAGCUGUCUGACAAAAUGUAUGUAAAAUAUUUAUUGUUGAAAUGAAAU